AUGGAGACUGAGAAGAAUCCUCCGACAGUUAGCGCUCAUGUCGAACUCACGAAGGAACACCUUCAUGGCUGGGAAAAUGCUCGCCUGAAUACGGAAAAGGAGCACCAGUUGACAAUUCCGGAGGCCAUCCGCAAGCAUUACAAAGCUUGUCUUUGGUCUAUGGUAAUCUCUCUAACGAUUAUCAUGGAUGGUUACGAUGGUGCACUUCUUGGCUCGCUCGUUGCGUUCCCGUCGUUCAAGAGCCAUUUUGGUCAGUACGUCAGUGCCAGCUCUGGCUACCAGAUACCCGCUCAUUGGCAACUCGCAAUCGGCUGCUCGAGCUCUGUCGGUAAUAUCAUUGGUAUUUACAUUGGAGCCAUUACGACUGAUCGCUUGGGAUACAAGCGGUCGUUGUUGUUGUGGUUGACGUGGUUGACUGCCUUUAUCUUCGUGUCUUUUUUUGCGACACAUAUAUCUGUUGUUUUUGCUGGAGAGCUGCUCUCAGCCAUGAGCUGGGGCAUCUUUGCAACAAUGGCACCAGCGUAUGCAUCAGAUCUCUCUCCUGUUGUGUUGCGUGGAUUGUUAGAAAUUUGGAUCGUUAUGUGUUGGGGCAUCGGACAGCUCCUCUCGUAUUCCGUUCUCCUCACACUCAACAAAAACCUGUCCAUAUGGGCCUGGCGUAUCCCUUUUGCCGUGCAGUGGGUCUGGCCAGUCAUCAUUUUUCCACUAGUUUUAUUCGCACCAGAGUCACCUUGGUGGCUGGUGCGUAAGGGCAAGCUCGAGGCUGCUGAAAAGGUGGUCAAACGGUUGGGCAGUUCAGACAUGACUGAGGAAGAAGUCCGCCGUACAGUGGCUGCUAUGGUUGAAACAAACAAUCUAGAAAAGAAUAUGCACGAAGGCGCUGGUUAUCUUGACUGUUUCCGUGGACGUAACCUAUGGCGAACCGAAAUUUCCUGCGUCGCUUGGGCCGCGCAGUUGUGGUGCGGCUUUGUGAUUUCCUCAUAUUCGACUUAUUUCUUUGAGUUGGCCGGGCUUGCAGCAUCAGACGCAUAUAAAAUGAGUGUGGGACAAGGCGGUCUUCACAUUUUAUUCAACAUCAUUUCGAUCCCCGUCGUUGCUAGAGUGGGCCGUCGCCGUCUAUACCUCGCGGGACUUUCCUGGAUGGCGCUCAUGUUAUUUUUGGUCGGAUUUGUUUCGUUAAGCCCGCCAAAGGUCGCUGUCGGCUACGCACAAUCUGUGUUGUAUCUACUCUGGAAUUGUGGUUAUGAACUCACUGUCGGUCCGGCAGCUUAUAUUCUUGUUAGCGAAGUCUCUUCUACCCGUCUACGCAACAAGACUAUCGGUCUGUCCCGGAACGCCUACAACCUGUCCCUUUUGGUAAACUAUUUUGCUGGUCCAUACAUCCUCAACCCAACAGAGGGUAACUGGAAGGGAAAGACAGGCUUUCUGACCGGUGGUAUCAAUCUUCUUCUUCUUACGUGGGCAUUCUUCCGUCUCCCAGAGACUCAGGGCCGAACUUUUAUGGAACUGGAUAUUCUCUUCUCGAAGAAGGAAUUGAAAACUAGGGAUUUCAAGAACUACAAGGUGGAUUUUGCAGAGCUUAAUGAGGAUAAACUUGCCGGUACUAACUACGAUGCUUGA